AUGUAUGUAAAAGAAAUCAAAAUAAGACAAGCAUUGAAAGAAUGUGAGUAUUGCAAAGAGAAAAAAGAACGUCUAGAAAAUUAUUACGAGGAGAUGGAAAAAGACAAGGUGGAACAAUGUUUAAGAGCAUUGGAAAGAGAAAAAAUACUAGAAGCAGAUAGAAGACACAAAGAGAUGCUUGAUAGAAGAAAGGUAUAUGAUGAACAAAUAGCUAGUGCGAAUAAUGUAAGAAAAGAGAUGUUAAAAGAAGAAAGAGAAAAAGAAAAGAGAAGAUUGGAAAGAAUGAGAGAGAAGAUGGAGCAAGAUCACUACGAAGAAGAGAAAAAUAAAAGAGCACAACAAAUGUCGAACAAAGCAAACUUUAUUGAGGGGCACAAACUUAAGGCACUCAGGAAGAUUGAAGAAAAAUCUAAAGAAAGGGAAAUAGAUAAUCAUACGAUUAGAGUAGCGAUGCAGGAAUUAAAAACAGAGAAGCUCAGGAAGAGAAACGAUAUGUUAAACUGGCGAAGAGAAGAGGAACUAUUUACAGAGAAUUUUAACCGGGAAAGAAAAAUAGCACAAGAUUUAGAAACAGAAGGUGAUAAGAUUGCUCAAGAGUGGAAGCAGCAAGAGGACCAAAAGGCGGAUAAAUUCUUUAAACAAAUUGAGAUAGAGAAAAGAAACGCUAAAAUUAAAGCCAUACAAGAUUAUCAGAAAUAUUUGGAAAAGUUGAAAGAAGAUGCAAUUAAAGAAAGGAUUGAGAGAAAAGAAAGAAUGCAUCGUGUCUCAAAAUCUACUUACAAAGAACUCCAAAGAAAGUUGGAGAACGCAAACCAAGAAUUGAAAAAACAAAUAGAUUACAGAAACUCACUGUGCCAACAGAUUCAAGACAAUCAGAACACACUCAAAAUAUAUUUAAUUGAAAUGAUUCAUGCCAAAAAAUUUAAGACUGCCGAAGAAGUGGAAAACAUUGUUCAAAGAGUGAAACUUGAACGUCGACAACUGUCUCAGGUGCGAAAAAAUAUAAGAAAACGAAUACACUUGCAGGGAACAGAAAUAUCAUCCACAAGCAAUACAUUAUCACCACCAAUAACUAACACCCCAAAAUGUCCACCCCGUCAUAUUGUCAUUCAAUGCAGCCCCAAUGGCCGAAAAACGAUUAUGAAAUAUGCACAUCCAAACUUACUACAUUCUCCUCAUCUUAAGAAGACAUAUGCUUCACUGAGAGCAGUUGCCAGCAGUGAUAGAGUCUUGAGGAGUUUCAACAUCAAAUCACAUGCAUCCCAAGCAAAUAUAAAUAGUGAUUUGCUGAAAGCAAUUAAAACUCAAAAUUCAAAGAUGUUAAGACCAGCUAUCACCCAAAGACAAAGAUCUGCUCCUCAAGAAACCAGAAUCAAUCUAUUUAGCGAGGGUGAUCUAUAUUGUAAAGUUAAUGUCACUGCCAAGUGUAUGGGGAAGACACCCAUUGUAUACAUGCAAAAAUCUUACUCUGAUUUAGGUUUAGCAAAUGAGUCCAGAGCACAACUAGUUGCUGUUCAAGACAAGAUAAAAUCAACGCCGACAGUAGUACCAGCAAAACGACAGAGAAUGCUUAGUGGGAUCUAUCCAUUAACCACCAAAGAACCAACACCAAAAGUAAGCUAUGAAUACAUGCAAAGCAUCAGUUUUCGGCGAACCGAUGGCAAAACGACUAAAAUAAAUGCGUUAGUGCAAAAAUCUUUGAACAAUGAACCUAGUGGUCCGACAUGUAGAAAUAUUGAUUUGACUGUACAAGAUCUCAUCAAUUCGAACAUAGACUCUCAGAACAUGGAGACAGAGUCCAGCCUUCAACAGACAUUUAAUAAUAUGCAGUACCCUAAUAUGACUAGUUUAGAAUAUUUGCCUACAUGCAGUCAAAAAUGGUUUAAUUAUUUUGAUACAUCUAAUGAGGCUUUUAAAGAAAAUGAGUAUAGUCAGUCCUCGACAUAUUACCACAAGAAGAUUAGAGGAGAACAGAUCAGGUCUCAAAGAAGGAUGAGCAUACAAAAAGAUAUGAAUAAUUUGGAGGAGCAAAGGUUACCAAGAAUCAAUGAGGUUUUCAGCAAGUUCAGUGAUGCACAUGACAAGGACAUCACCCAGCCUAUUUAUAUACAAGUAGGCGAUGAAUCUGAAAGAUGUAAGACUCUUUACUAAUAGUAUAUGGUUCGUGACUAGUGUUGCCAAGUGUCCCGAUUUACGCGGGACGUCCCGAAUUUCAGGGGUCCGGGGACGCGUCCCGACUUGUACCUAAUCGGGACGCUAAAUGUCCCGAAAAAUCAAAAAUCAAUUUUUUUUAUAAAAAAAAUAUUUUUUUUUUUCAUACUGUCAAAUCCAUUUUUGAAAACCCCUGACUAUAUUUAUCUAUAUCUGAAAGCAAAAAAGCUACCAAACUAGUACUAAUACUUGUUUUUUGUCUGUCCCGAUUUACAACCCCAAAUCCCGAUUAAUUACACGCGCUGUCCCGAUUAAUAAUAAAUUGGACCUGGCAACAUUAUUCGUGACCCUUAUUCUUCUUGUAAUAAUAUGUUUUCAUAUUUUAUUGUGUACAAUCUCUUUGUUUGA